GCUUCCCACUAAAAAAAACUAAAACUGUUUCUUCUUCUGCCAUCUGAAUUAAACAAAGUCAAGAGGAGAGGAGAGGAGGCGAUACACUCGAGUUUUUGAAUUGAAUGCUUCCUUUUCUACACUUCUGCUAGUUAUGGAUCUCCGUCUUCUUCUAUCAUCUCUCAUUCCCUCAUUGCAAUCCGUUUACGUGCUGGUGUUUUACUUCGUCUACUUGGCCGUCGCCGGAGAAAUCCUCCCUGGAAAAGUUAUCCGCGGCGUCGUUUUGUCAGAUGGCUCUCACCUUCGUUACCGAUGCAAUGGUCUACUGGCACUAACAAUGCUGGUCACUAUUUUGGGAGUUUCUGCAAAACUCGGCGUUUUGUCACCUCUUGUGGUUGCUGAUAGAGGACUUGAGUUGCUCUCUGCUACUUUUAUCUUCUGUGUUUUGGUGACAUUGGUAUUGUACAUCACCGGGCGCAAUUCUUCGGAUAAGAGUUCUUCCCUAAAGCCUCAUAUCUCAGGAAAUCUUGUAGAAGACUGGUGGUUUGGAAUACAGCUGAAUCCUCAGUUUAUGAGCAUCGAUCUCAAGUUUUUCUUUGUCAGAGCCGGGAUGAUGGGAUGGCUGCUUAUCAAUCUCUCUAUUCUGGCAAAAAGUUUUCAGGACGGUUCCUUGAGUCAGUCCAUGAUUCUUUACCAGAUUUUCUGUGCGUUAUAUAUAUUGGACUACUUCGUUCAUGAAGAAUAUAUGACCUCCACGUGGGACAUAAUUGCAGAGAGGUUGGGGUUCAUGCUGGUGUUUGGAGAUCUCCUGUGGAUUCCUUUCACUUUUAGCAUCCAGGGCUGGUGGCUUUUGCACAACAAAGUAGAACUAACAGCUCCUGCUAUUGUAGCCAAUUGCUUUGUGUUCUUGAUAGGGUACAUGGUUUUUAGAGGGGCUAACAAACAAAAACAUAUCUUUAAGAAGAACCCUAAAACACCUAUAUGGGGUAAGCCUCCAGUGGUGGUUGGUGGAAAGUUGCUUGCUUCAGGCUAUUGGGGAAUCGCAAGGCACUGUAAUUACCUUGGCGACUUGAUGCUUGCUCUGUCUUUCAGUUUGCCCUGUGGAAUAAGUUCUCCGGUUCCAUAUUUCUACCCGAUAUACCUCCUGAUACUGUUGAUAUGGAGAGAGCGAAGAGACGAGGAACGAUGUGCAGAGAAGUACAAGGAGAUUUGGGCUGAGUAUCUUAGACUGGUCCCCUAUAGAAUCCUUCCUUAUGUUUAUUAAUAACAGUGCAUUGUCAUGGAUCCUUUGAGAUUCAUUUAUCCUCUUGUGUCUUUCUUUCGUUUUCUUGUUUCUAAUGUGACAUUAGAAUAUUCCAUUGUAGCUUUUACACAUCGCAAAUCCUUUUUUCCUGUAUUAAACUAUUCUUUUCAUGUUUU